UUUAAGUUCUUUUCAAAAGGCGAUCGAUAAGAAUAAUGCUGCAGCUCCAAAUUUUGAUUCGAUACUACAACAGUUUAUUCAGCAAAGUUCUCAACAACACACAACUUGCCUUACUUCUGUAAGCGAACAACAGCAGGAAAAUACAAAGUUAAAGUUACAACUUCAACAGAGUUCAAAUGAAAUAAAAGAAUUUCAAAAUAAACUCAAUGCGUGUCAAGUGAAUAACACAAAUUUCGUAAAACCCAAUGACGAGAAGAUCAAAAAAUGUCAGAUCGAUCAAAACAGUUUUGUAUCGUGUCGAAUGGCUUUGAUAUCCGAGAAGGACAAGUCGUAUGAUAAGAAUUCGGAAAUGAAGAAAUUGAUUAAUGAAACUGAUAAAAUUCAUGAAAAGUUGGUUUCUUGUCAGAAGCAUUAUGGAGAAAAAAGAAUAGAGGCACAGCAAAAAACAUCAUUCGAAAAGAAUCUAAAUGAUUGUGAAAAGAAACGUGCAGAUAUAGAAAAUAACCUCCGAAGAAAGACAGGGAAGUUGAGUAAGGCACAACUUGAGCUGGAUAAUUGCACUUCUAUUAAAGAUGAAUUACUUACUCAACUCAAUAUUAAUAAUAAUCCUCCAAGCUCUUGUUUAAACCUGUCUGCAGGCAUUCAUGAGAUACAACUUACAAAUGAUAAACGUUUUAAUCUGCUUUAUGAUAGAGAUGGUUGGAUGAUCAUUCAGAAACGAUUUGAUGGUAGUCAAGAUUUUAAUAAUAACUGGCACGAAUACGUAAAUGGAUUUGGCCACUUGCGUGAAGAGUUUUUCAUUGGAUUGGAGAAACUUAAUCUUAUUACGAGUUCAACUCGUUACAAGUUAUUAAUUUCGAUAAAACAUCCGUGGGGCUCAUUUAGCGCACAAUACGAUAAUUUUAGGAUUGGAAAUUCGACAUCAUUCUACAGUUUAGGGUCGAUUGGAAGAUAUAAUGGCAACUUGAAUGUCUUUCAAUGGAAUGUAAAUCAGCCAUUUUCCACAUACGAUCAAAAUCACUAUUUAAAUGCUCAGAAUUGUGCGGAAGUAUUUAAAGGCGGCUGGUGGUAUCAGCCAAGCUGUAGCGAUGAUAAUCUAAAUGGUUCCCUUUAUGGAGCGAAUAGCACGCCUUCUGGUACCACACUCAUGAAGAUUCGUCCAUACACUGAUCCAUACUAAAAGGUUCUACAUAUGUGCUAUAAUUAUAAUUAUAAGUCAAUACGAUAUUGAUUUAUUAUUCAUUUGAUGCUUUCUUAAGAAUUGGAUAUUGAUACCAUACUUUUUAUAAUCAAUUUUAUUAAAUACAAAAAUGUAUACUUUUGAAUUACGCUUGGCAAAAACGAUUGUUGCAGUCUAAUAUAAUAUAUU